AUGAAAGCCUCGGGGAUCUUCGCGGAUCGGGUAGAGGUCACGACAACACAUGAGGGGCGGGCUAGAGAGGUGUUGAUACGGAUGGCGGAACUGAUGGAUGAGGCACGACGAAGCCUUCCGGAAUAUUAUGUGUUCACCAUGACCACGGUGUUGGGAAACGACUAG